AAUCACGCUACCUUCGGAUUGCCUUAGCAACCAGAAAACCAACAAGUCACUUCUAUGUUUCACGUUGUUGUCCGGAAUAGGAAUUUGAAUUGAACCAUCAUGAACCAAAAACCUGUUUGGGAAGAUCGAGAGAUCAAAUUUGACAUCGUUAGUAUAUAUAACACGAUUCGCAGUGGUGAAAAGAUUCUGGAGAUCUUGGACUCAAUCGAAGAUACUAAAGGUAACCUUGGAGAUCGAGGUCGCCUGUUGGUGACCAAUUUACGGAUUAUUUGGUAUUCCGUAACCACAAACCGAUUCAGUCUGUCGAUUGGUUUUACUUGCGUGCUCACAAUGAACACGAAAACGGUGGUUUCGAAGGUACGGGGAACUACACAAGCUUUGCACAUUCUAAGCGUGGGUAACAACUCCCGCUUCGAAUUCGUUUUCACCAAUCUUACCAUCAACAAUACGCGGCACUUUUCCGCAAUUUUCGAUAUUUAUCGACUGUAUCAAGCUUCGUUUCUUUACCGGGAACUGAAGCUACGUUCGUCGAUCGUUAAUGCUGGCCAGCUCAAUGUGCUACCGCAGGAGCAGGUAUUUAACAAGAUCAACGGUGUUUGGAACCUGUCAAGCGAUCAGGGUAAUUUGGGAAUUUUCAUCUUCAGCAAUGUUAGGUUGAUCUGGUUCGCCGAAAUGAAUAACAGCUUCAAUAUAUCGCUUCCCUAUCUUCAAAUUUCAAACAUACGCAUUCGAGAGUCCAAGUAUGGACCUGCCUUAGUGAUCCAGACGCUCGAUACGGCCGGUUCGUAUGUGCUUGGUUUUCGCGUUGAUCCACAGGACAAGCUGGCGGAUGUCUACAAAGAGCUACAGUCGCUGCACAGUGUCUACACGGAGACGCCACUUUUCGGCGUGUUUUACGAACAGAGACCGGAUGUUGUUCGACCGCCCACGGAAUCAAUCGAGGACAUUGAAGAGUUGGACCAAUCAGCCGCUGGAGAAAUCAACAGUAAGUUCACAGCAUAUCUGGCCGAAUCGGAUGCAGGGGGCAAACAACGGAAACCUUUCUACUGCAAGGAGCUCGGUUUUGCCAUGGAAGCGAUCAAGGAGGGAUACACCCUCAAAGAUCUGUGGGAGAUAGUGCCAAGUUCGACUUCAGCUACGACGACAGCUUGAGUGAUACAAUCGCAUUGAUGGCGGGAUAGUGCUGCAAUAUCUUAGUCCUUGGAUGAGUGAGAUAUAACAAACGGUAAUAAUGAAAACUAUUAUAAUGGUCUG